AUGAAAUACACAGACGUGUCGUUCCGUGAUCUUGGCUCUAUAUCAUCCUCGAGUUUACAAGGAGACAACAUUACGGACCAGAAUGCAGAGUCAAGAAAGGUCACGCACCAGACGAUAUGGCCGGCGAUAUUGGUGUUCAUUGGACUCACCAUACCCACAACUUUCAGCGUCCUCGUUUUAGCCAGUAGUGUUCGGGGCUGGACCUUUCCGUACUCGACCUACAACUUCAUCACUCGAAAUCGAGCCUCCGUCCAAUUGGUCAUCCAACUUCUUUCGAAUGGUUUAGCACUCGUCAACACUACUAUUUUAUGCAACUUGAUAAAUCGCGCGACCCGUAUACGUUGGAAGAACACACCUGCAUCACUGAACAUCAUACGCUUCUGGAAUGGACUAUGCGUUCGAUCGAUAGACUGGACAAUACCUCUGCACCUGUUACUCCCGUUACUGGCCUUUAUCGUGCUCACCGCCGCACCUUCUGCCAUAUGGGUCGGUGCUUUGACACCUGUUGCCAUCAAUGUCACCAGUUAUAAUGUCAUUGACAUCCCCACCUAUGGGCAGACAGCAAAUAUCAAGGAAUGGCCUUCAGAGAUUGGAGCCCAAGGGCCGAUCCUCAGUACAACCCAAGGACUGUUCUCAUACUCGGUCGCGUUACAGCUUCAGGCUAGCUUAUUGACGGCAGCAUCAUCAGCCACGACAGUAGACGGCUCUGUAAGGCAGCAUGCAAAACUGGACAAGUCGCGUUUCACAUAUUUUGGCCGCUCCUACGGUGUUGGUGCUUCCGUCGGUUUGAAUGAUCUAGACUUCCAGAAGAACCCGUAUCUUGCAUACACUUAUCAAGAAAUUGGGUUCGAGACUACGGUUACCUGCAUCAAAAACUCGAGUAGCGAAUUCAUGCUCAUGGAGACCGGCGAUACCUUCCUAUAUAGAGCCUAUGGCAGACUACCAAAUAGCGGAAAUAAGGGGCCUGAAGAUUCGGUAUAUAUAGGUCAUAGUACUGAUUCUAUCCUGGCCAUUGGCGUAGGAAGAAACCCAGAAGAUCCUCGCCGGAUGCUGGCCAUUACAGCAGGCGAUAGUUACGCGCACCUCAACACCACGCAAUGCAGUAUGGAAUUCCAACCCACGAUUUUCGACGUCGAUGUAGACAUCCGCACGCGAAACAUCAGCGUUACGCCCUUACGCAAGGCCGACGAGUUUUACCCUAGUUCUAGCAAUUUGACCCAAACAGCUAUGCGGCAAUUUGAAUUGAUUUCAAAUGUUCAAACGAACAUGUACGCCUCCGUUCUUGGCAACGCCUUCAAUAGCAGUAUCACAGACUACAUCACGGCGUCUACCAGCCAAGCAAUCACACUCGAAGACGCCACGCUCCCUGGCUUGGAAAAUGCGCUGACGGUUAUGUUGGACGACAUGCUUGUCGCGUAUGCAAGUGCGCAGUUGAUAAUCCAGAAAGACAUUAAGCCUGUCAACAUGCAGAUUACGAAAUCGGCGCUCCGGGUCGGCGAGGAUGUGUACAUCUAUGCUAUCUUCGCGAUUAACGCUUUCAUCAUCUUGCUUGUUAUAAUGGAAUAUGUGAGGACGAGAAACUGGAAGGAAGUGCCUAUGAUAGACUAUCUAGAUCCAGGCGCCUUGAUGGUUGGAAGUGCUACCGGAACCUGUUCAUUGGAAGUACCGAAGACGUUAUCACGUUAUAUCAAGUUUCGUCGCUCGGGCGCUUCUGUUAAGCUCCAAGUUCAUUGUCAAAACUGGAUUGCGACAUGA